CCCAGAAACGGGGGGACUUGUAGGGAGUCCUUCAGGAGGGAAAAGGCCUUCAGGGGCUAACUCCUUGGGACAGCUGGGCCCAUGGUAGGCAGACAACACUGGAGAGGUGGGAGAAGCAGAUCCAUUUGGGGGUGCAGAAGGGCCCACAUGGGCCCCUCCUUGCAGUGGGGGCUAGCCUGAAGAGGAGGAACUUUGCUCUGCAUGGCUGGCCCAUCCCAUCCGAGCACCAAGGCCAAGCAAUUGGGCCGGGGCUCCUGGGCCUCAGCUGGGCUGUUCUGUGCCCCUGCAGGCAGUUGAGGGUGACGGUGUCCGGUUGGCAGUGAUGGAGAACGCCCUGACAGCCCGGGAUCGGGUGGGAGUGCAGGACUUUGUCCUGCUGGAAAACUUCACCAGCGAAGCAGCUUUCAUUGAAAACCUGCGGAGGCGGUUCAAGGAGAACCUCAUCUACACCUACAUCGGCUCAGUUCUGGUCUCGGUGAACCCGUACAAGGACUUGGAGAUCUACAGCAAGCAGCACAUGGACCGCUACCGUGGUGUCAGCUUCUAUGAAGUCUCCCCUCACCUCUACGCCAUCGCGGACAACGCCUACCGCUCGCUGCGGACUGAGCGGAAGGACCAGUGCAUCCUCAUCUCAGGCGAGAGCGGGGCGGGCAAGACGGAAGCCACCAAGAAGAUCUUGCAGUACUACGCCGUCACGUGCCCGGCGAGCGAGCAGGUGGAGACCGUGAAGGACAGGCUGCUGCAGUCCAACCCAGUCCUUGAGGCCUUUGGAAAUGCAAAGACCCUGCGCAAUGACAACUCCAGCCGGUUUGGGAAAUACAUGGACGUCCAGUUUGAUUACAAGGGGGCUCCCAUUGGGGGUCACAUCCUGAACUACCUCCUAGAGAAGUCACGGGUGGUGCAUCAGAAUCACGGCGAGAGGAACUUCCAUAUAUUCUACCAGCUCUUAGAGGGAGGGGAGGAAGAUCUGCUCAGGAGGCUGGGGCUAGAGAAGAGCCCCCACCAGUACCAGUAUCUUGUCAAGGGCCAGUGCGCAAAGGUCAGCUCCAUCAACGAUAAGAGUGACUGGAAGGUGGUGCGCAGGGCGUUGUCAGUCAUUAACUUCAGCGACAGUGAAGUAGAGGAUCUGCUGAGUAUCAUUGCAAGCGUGCUGCACUUGGGGAAUGUGCAAUUUACAACCGACGAACAUGGCAGUGCGCAAGUGACCACGGAAAACCAGAUCAAAUACUUGGCCAGGCUCCUGGGACUCGAAAACUCUGUUCUGCAGGAAGCGCUGACCCACAAGAAGAUCACUGCAAAGGGAGAGCAGCUGAUCAGCCCGCUCAGCUUGGAACAGGCCGCCUAUGCGCGAGAUGCUCUGGCCAAAGCAGUGUACGGGCGCACCUUCUCCUGGCUCGUGAAUAAGAUUAACAAGUCCCUCGCCUACAAGGAAACAGAGUACAUGGGUUGGAGAAGGAGUUUGACUGUGCUGGGACUGCUGGACAUCUACGGCUUUGAGGUUUUCCAGCACAACAGCUUUGAGCAGUUCUGCAUCAAUUACUGCAAUGAGAAACUGCAACAGCUCUUCAUAGAGCUCACCCUGAAGUCCGAGCAAGAGGAGUAUGAAGCGGAAGGCAUUGCGUGGGAGCCGGUUCAAUACUUCAAUAACAAGAUCAUCUGCGACUUAGUGGAAGAAAAAUUCAAAGGCAUCAUCUCCAUUUUGGAUGAGGAGUGCCUGCGACCUGGAGACGCCACAGACGCGACGUUUCUGGAGAAGCUCGAGGGGACCAUUAAGAACCACCCCCACUUCCUCACCCACAAGCUGGCCGAUGCUAAGACCCGGAAGUCCUUGGGCCGGGAAGAAUUCCGCCUCUUGCACUACGCCGGGGAAGUCACUUACAGCGUCACAGGUUUCUUGGAUAAGAACAAUGAUCUGCUCUUCCGGAACCUCAAGGAGGCGAUGUGCAACUCGGAGAAUCCCAUCAUCACCCAGUGCUUUGACAGGGCAGAGCUGACCGACAAGAAGAGGCCCGAGACGGCAGUGACCCAAUUUAAGAACAGUCUCUCAAAGCUGAUGGAGAUCCUGAUGUCCAAGGAGCCCUCCUACAUCCGCUGCAUCAAGCCGAAUCACGCCAAACAGGCUGGCCAUUUUGAUGAAGUUCUGAUUCGGCACCAAGUGAAAUACUUGGGCUUGAUGGAGAACCUGAGAGUGCGCAGGGCUGGUUUUGCUUAUCGGCGGAAAUAUGAGAUUUUUCUGCAAAGGUACAAAUCUCUGUGUCCUGAAACAUGGCCUACCUGGGAAGGGAGGCCUCAGGAUGGAGUGGCAGUCCUCCUAAGACACCUUGGCUUUAAGCAGGAAGAAUACAAGUUGGGCAGGACCAAAAUAUUUAUUCGUUUUCCCAAGACCCUGUUUGCGACAGAAGAAGCCCUGGAAAUCCGGAAGCAGAGCCUAGCCACAAAGAUCCAAGCAGCUUGGAGAGGCUUCUAUCGGCGAAAGAAAUUCCAUCAAAUGAAGCAUUCAGCCAUCACUAUCCAAGCUUGGUGGCGUGGGACUCUGGGACGCCGGAAGGCUGCCAAGAAGAAAUGGGCAGUAGAGAUAAUUCGGCGGUUCAUCAAAGGUUUCAUUUACCGAAAUUACUCCCGCUGCCCUGAGAAUGAAUACUUCCUCGACUACAUCCGUUAUUCUUUCCUGAUGAACCUGAAGCGCAAUCUGCCAAAGACUGUCCUGGAUAAGUCCUGGCCGGUGCCUCCACCAUCCCUGAGAGAGGCUUCCCAGCUGUUGAGAGAACUCUGUAUGCAGAACAUGGUUUGGAGUUACUGCAAAAGAAUCAGUCCAGAGUGGAAAAUGCAGCUCGAGCAGAAGGUGGUGGCCAGUGAGAUAUUUAAGGAGAAAAAGGACAAUUACCCACAGAGUGUUCCCAGGCUUUUCCUCAAUACCCGUCUCGGUAAUGAAGAGAUAAAUGCCAAAAUCCUUCAGGUACUGGGGAACGAGGCGCUCAAGUACGCCGUUCCUGUGAUCAAGUAUGACCGGAAAGGCUACAAGGCCCGCGCCCGGCAGCUGCUGCUCACCCAGGAUGCAGCUGUGUUGGUUGAAGAGUCCAAAAUUAAGCAGCAGAUUGACUAUGGCAACCUCACAGGCAUCUCAGUCAGCAGCCUGAGUGACAAUCUUUUUGUGCUUCAUGUACUUCGGCAGGACAACAAGCAGAAGGGAGAUGUUGUGCUGCAGAGUGAUUUUGUGAUCGAAACACUGACUAAAAUUGCCAUAAGUGCCAAUAAAGUCAACAGUGUUAAUAUCAACCAGGGCAGCAUCAAAUUCACCAUUGGACAAGGCAAGGAAGGCAUCAUCGACUUCACGUCGGGGUCUGAGCUGCUGAUAGCCAAAGCCAAGAAUGGCCACCUGGCAGUCGUGGCUCCUCGUUUGAAUUCUCGAUGAUGAUGGGCACUUCUCCACAAGGGUCCUCUUCCUCUGUUGGCUAAUUCAGUAGCUUGGCCGGAUAUUUUCCUUUGCCCCUUUAUCAGGGGAGGGGCCUUGCUUUGCCUCUGUUCUCUCUGGCUACCUAUGACUUGCACUUCCAAAGAACCCUCCUUUAGUUCUGUCCAUGGUUUUCAUCCUACUCCCACUCAAUUCAGUUUGACUGGUGGCCAUAGUGACCACAAAAAAUAAUAAGGCAACCUGCAGAGUUGUCAGCCCAUCCCAGUGAAAUGCCAAAUUUUAUACUAAAAUAUUUUAUAAAGAAAUCCUCUCCUAGGUUUUUGGGUGCUUUGUAUGAAAAUAUAACAAGCCAUAAUGUACAGAUGAAAUUUUGUAAAUAUUUCCUCCUUGUAUGGGAUGUUUGCACUAUGGAAAUUAUUUUCUUAUUUCUAAUUGGAGAAAUUGUGAUAAUCCAAGAAAUACCAUCCUUCUUGGCCUUUCUAUAUCCUCCCCCUUUCUUCUCCUGGAAAUUUUCCAAGACGUGGCAAUUGCUGGUUUGGAUGGAUUACGUCUAUCUGCACUUUGAUUCAGCCAAAGGGAUUUCAGCAAUAUCUUCUCCACAAACCGACCCUAUAAAAGAUGGGUUCGCUAUUACAGCCUUCAACAAAAUAUUCACGGUCACUAGCCUUUGCAGGGAGAUUGCCAUGGAAUGACAAGCAAAAAACAGUAAGACCUCAGAAAGUACUGAAAUGCAUUUUUGAAAACUUUAUGGUGGCUUCAAAAGUGGUACAAUCUUCAGAUUGUGAAGUUCUAAAUAUUUGGGAUUUUUAAAAAAAAUGCAUAGCUAGUAAGACACUAAGGCUGCCUUGUUACCUUUUAACUGUGGCUUCUUCAACACAUUUUCCAUUUUCAUGUGACAUGACACUGACCUAGCCCCAAAAUUUAUGCCAACCAGUUUGUUGUCCACUAUGUCGUACAGACAGGCAAUAUCUAGAGUUUGAUCACCUUUCAUGAAAACUGUUUAGUGAUUAUUGCUGCAUUUGCAAGCUAUCUUUUAAACACUGGGCUUUUUUGCCAGAUUCAGAAUUUUUAAAUUUUUAAUCAACUUAUUCAGCUUGCUUUAUUCUAGCUUUUCUUGGGAAUUCAGCUGUUCAAGGAGCCAAGUUGGUUUAUUUGUCCACUGAAAACUACCCUGAUUGAACUCAUGUUUUUUAAUUGCAAAGAAGCAUUUUCAGGACAAAGAUUUGGGAACAAGCUGCUUCAGUGGUUACGCCUGUUGAUCUGAAAUAAGCUGCUUUUUGCAUUACUCACAUAGAAUCAGUAUCAUUUUCUGUUCCAUAAAGGAUUUGUUUGUAUGUAUGCUUAAUAUACAGCUACCCAGGUUCAAACAUUGAAUUUUUCUUUCCUACCUGGUGACAAAUGCUGUGUCAUUUCUAAAAUAGGGUCUAUGCUAUAGUGUACAUAAGAUUUAAGGCUCUGUGCAGUGUGCGAUAUGAAUCAAGAUAUAUAUGCCAAAUAAAUUUUUACUAAAAUCCUUAGUUUCUUUGGUUUGUUAACCAAGCUGGAAUUCUGCAAAUUACAUCAUAGUUGACGCAUACUGCCUUAGUCGGGCCUUAUUUAAACUCGCUCCCAUCCUCCUCCUCUUCCGUAGUAAGGACUGCAGGACAGGAUUGACGCCCUGAAGAGCCCAGUGCUGGGAGACUGGUGUGCCCCACCCCCAACAGUGUCUGGGGACAGCUGCAAGAUGGAGAACAAGGAAGGAAGGCGGCCUGAUACUUUACAGGAGGGCAACCUGAGCUGGCAACUGGCUGACAGAUGCAAAAAACUUGGAAAGACUGGGUGAAAUUCGCAUAUGUUGAGGUUUUCCAAAGUGGCGUUGAGUUGCCAAUGGCCAUAUCUUACCAUGCUUUUUUUCCAGAUUGGUCUGAAGAAGCAAACUUGCACAAGCAUGAGCCAGUUAUUGCCAAGGAUCUACUUAAGGCACUAGCAGUGGAAAACAAUGAUAUGCUUAGUUGUGCAAGCAGGACCAUGUCUUGAUUACUCUCAUACUAUAAUUGAUUACAUGCCAUCAAGCCAUUGCCAACUCUCAGCAACCAUGUAGAUUUUCUCCAUGAUGAUCUGUCCCUAACCUGGCUUCCCAGGUCUUCUAAUGGUGCACCCAUUGCCAUCAUAGCUAGAACCCAUCCACCUUGCUGCUGGUUGUCCUUUUUUCUUUCCUUCCAACUUCAUAAUGAAUUCUAAAUUUAAACUGACAUUAAAGAGUUCAGGAAACAGGCAAGUGUUCUUCUCUUGAUACCAGAUUUAGUUAUUUCACAUGCUACUCAUUUAACCAUUUUUAGGCCCACGUAAUACAGUGAACCAUAAACUAAUGCCACAGGCUGGACGGCACCACAUACCAAGCUGCCUGUACCCUCAAAGCCCACCAUAAUAAAUUACUAAAGCUUCAUGUUAUGCAAAGAGUUAUUGUGUCCUUAAUUGGCCCACUCAAGCUGUGCAAUCUUUUGGAGCACACAGGCGCAAACUUAGCAUCUGUCUGAAGCUCCUUAACAUCUUUCUCGCAGCUGCUGCAGAGGGCAGCCACAUGAGUGCCAAGAAGCAACAGGACUGGUGUUGCAGAUAAGCUGCUUGCACUUCUGCACGCUCUGGAUCCUAUUGUACUCUUGAAUCUGAAUUCCUCUGCAACCUUGGGACUUAAGCAUGAAGAAAUGCAGGCCAAGAAAUCAUCCACUGACCCACAAUUACAGCCAGUUCCCUCCAUCCCAUCUCCUAUGAGCCAUGGCUGCUGCAGAAUGCCUAGGCUUGCCAUUAUUCGCGGGGCACUUCCCUUGAUACCUCAUGAUGUUAAACAAAUGACCAGAAGUGGGGGAAGACACUAAAUAAAGCAAAAAGUAGCAUUCUGGUCAACUGCAGAUUUGUCAUGGGUGACACUUUGUGAAGGGACAGGGUUCACAAGCAGCCACUUUGCAUGAACAGAGGUGCCCCUCCUUCCAGCCUGCCACUUCCUCUCUGCCCCACUGGCAGCCCACUGACUGGGGCUAGACUUUUAAGUGGAUAGCCCGUAAACAGGUCCAGCAUGUGCAUGUGCACUUUUGCAACUGGGAGAUGGCUAUGAUCAGAAGGAGCAGCAACGGCUCAGUUGGCACCUGCCUGGCUUGAGUCAAGCCUCCCAACUAUGGAGCUGCACAUUUAGCCUCCUGCCCUUUUCUGCUCCUGCCCUCUGGUUCUGGAAGUCUACGUGACCUCAACAAGCCUACAGCUUGACUCAGUCACCCAUUCAGCCACUUGAAAGAAGAGCUGUGCUCCUAAGUUUCAACUGGUCUCUCUGCCCUGCCCUGCCCAACAGAAAGGGCAAGAGAAAGAAAUCUUACAGCCGUUCAAGCUGCUGGGUAUAAGCUCCGGGAAAUCCGUUCAUGUGAAGCUGCUUCCUUGGCUCACGCUCCCCAGACACAGCAAGAGCAGCCUACACGGAGCAGAGCCUUCAACAGGCCCCCACCUUGCCCUUGGCAACACACUCCCACUGCCAGGGCUGCCCAAAAUGGGCUGUGUCCAGGAUCACCCACUUGGUCACAGAACCACUAGGCCUUAUUACUAUUUGGAAUCACUGCAGGGCGAGCCAGCUAAUCUACGGUCUGGCUGUAUCAAUUCUGGUUGUAAGAGCAGGGCCAAUGGUGGAAAAUAAGCAGCUCUGCAAAUCUGGAAGGCUUCUCGUGCUCCAAGUGAGAGGGGAAGAGGGUGCGCACUACAGCGCACGCAGAGGCUGCGCAUCCCCACCUCCCUGCCCCACCCGAUGGUGUUUUUGCAUUUGGUAAAACCAGGGAUUAAGAAACAGUAUCUUGGAAGUCAGUAUGCCGUAAAACAAGAGUCUCCAGUGACAGCAGUUUUCCAGGAAACUUCUAGCCUAAGGAAGGUGCCUGCCAAUUUAACACGGCCAAACCCAUGUGUGUGUAGCUUCCAUAGGAGCAGGGAAACUGCCUUCUUACACAUGCGUAUUUUGUAACUGCUCUCCAGCAGCACUCAGGGCACGCUCUGAGCACUCCCAAUGGCGCUCUGGCAAGAGGUGAAAGGCUUGCUCGAUGCUGGAUUACAACUGAAAGAUUUCCCACUUUUGAAAGGCUUUUGCAGAGAGGGCGCCAAGGUGCAGAAUCUUUACACAGUAUUUUAUUUAUCCAACAGACUUGCUGCUCAGUCCAAAGGGGAAUCCCAAAUGAAACUAAAAGGCAAGGAUACAGGUCAGACCAGAGGUAUGUGAUAAGGCAUUCACAGAAAAAAAAAAAGAGCCAAA